AUGGAUGAAAUGCCAAAAACAAUCCUCAAAGCACAAGCUUCCAGUGCACCCGCAGGUACUUCCAAAGUUCCUCCUACUCAAACUUCCAUCCCACCACCCUCUCCUACAAUCAAUCCAUCACAAGAAGAAGAACCAGCAAUCGAACUCAGUUCAGCUCCCACCUUCGGUUUUGAUGAUGAAGACAUCCAAGAGGUCAACAAGACAAACCCUUCUGACGAUGACAUGAUGAUGUUUGAAGAAGAAGAGGAGUCCAGUGGUUCUCAUCACUCCAAAUCCAAACCCAAGAAGAAGAAGAAGAAGAAGAAUGUGGUGACCAAAAAAGAAUUCUUAUCCCUUCAAGCCAAAGUCGAUCAGAUCAUGGCUGCGGUUAAGCCUACUCAACCGCAACCUGAAGACACUCCAAGACCUCAGUCACUGAUUGAAAGAAUAGAGCGUCUGGAAACAAGGGAACACAUGGUUGUUGAACGCAUCUCUCUUAAAGUAGAGAUGGGGAUCCGAUCCGUUGACAACAACCGCAAGGCUGACCACAAAGAAUUCUUGGCUGUAGCAGAACGUCUCAUCAUCGAGGCGACCGCAAUUAAAACGGAUCUCCAGGCCACCAUCGCGGAUCAAGCUUCUCAGUCUUAG